AUGGAUAACGGUUCGUCGAAUGAACAAUUAGCAAAUAGCAAAGUAAAUGAGCAAACUAAGGCGUCUCAGGACGGCGGCGAGGAAAAGCCAUUAAUUAAAUUGGAUGACAAUUUAGACGUCCAGAAACUUGCUUAUGAGCAACAUAACAAAAAACAUGAUCCAGAAGUAUUUUCUGGUAACAACACCGAGCAUCACGACGAAGAAAAAGCGGAUAAUGCAUUAGAGGAGAAGCAAGCUACUUAUGAUAAGGCAGAAGCACAAAAUGAUGCUGUAGAGGGUGUUCCAAGCACUUCAAAUGGCUACAGCGAGACGGAAAUAGGUGAACCAGUUUUUGAUUUUCAUCGUUUUCUAGAGCAGCUUCGUUCAAGCCCUGCCGAACCUGUUGCAAAGUAUCUUAAAAGCUUUCUUUCGGAGUUUUUGAAACGAAGAUGGUCUGUAAGUUAUCAAGUCAAGCUCAUUCAGGAUUUUUUGGCCUUCAUUGGAGAAAAGAUCGAGCAAUAUGAGCCAUGGGUUUCUGGAUCACAAGCAGAAAUCGAUAACGCCAAAGAAGGCAUGGAAAAGCUAGUAUCAAACCGCCUCUAUGCUAGGUUAUUUUCGCCAGAGAUUGCCAAGUCCGGCAUGCCUCUGAGCAGUGAACACUCUGAUGAUGUUGAAGAAGAUCAUAUUUUAUCUCAAAAAAUGGAAUUGUUUCAAUGGGUUCGAGAGGAACAUCUUGAUAUUAAAAGGGCAAAGUCUAGUUCUAAAUUUUUCCGGCUCGCGGCAGAUGAACUGCAACGUAUAAAUGACUAUCAUGCUCCUCGAGACAAAAUUAUAUGUUUGAUGAAUUGCUGCAAAGUAAUAUAUAGCUACUUACGAAAUGUCGUCAGGGAAGAAUCUGCCGAUGCGUUUGUUCCGGUUUUAAUAUUUGUUCUCUUAAAAGCACAUCCAGAACAUCUCGUAUCAAAUAUUCAGUAUAUCCAACGAUUCCGCUCUCCUGAAAAACUUUCUGGAGAAGUACUAUACUACUUAUCUACCCUUAUGGGAGCCAUGUCUUUUAUUCAAACGUUGGAUACAAAUUCGUUGACAAUUUCCGAAGAAGAGUUCAACGUUGAAAUUGAGAAAUCAUUAAAAAAAAUGGAACCAAAAACGAUAAAAGAAAGGGAGAAUUUACUUUCUGUUUCAUCAAAUACCCAAGAGGGUUCACAAAUGCCCAAUGAGACCAAGUCAAGUAUUCAACAAGAAAUGUCAAAUUUGCAAAUUGAAAAUGAAAUUACAAGUCCAGGCGAAAGUUCAAGUCGGCCGCGAUCGACGUCAAAAUCUUUAUCGUUUGUACCCGAAUCCUGGCUUAAGACUUUGUCCAGUGGUUUAAAUGACAACGAUCAGCAAGAAACUGAAGAUGACCCUUAUCUUAACGUAGGAGAGAGACCGCCUUAUAAAGUCUCUCGUAAGUAUUCCUCAUCUUCAGCUAGAAUGCCAAAACAAAGGAUUCCUGAUACACUUGAAAAUGACAUUCCUCCUAAUAAUGCUCUUCGUGAAGCAAAAAAUGCUUCUCUAGAAACGGUAGAAGUAGAACGGAUACGAUCCAGGGAGAAAGCGGAGGCAGUUGCCGCGCUUCAGGCAAUGUUCCCUGCUUUUGACACUGAAGUUAUAGAAGUUGUACUUAAUGCGCAAAAAGGAAAAUUGACUAGUUCUAUUGAUUCUUUGUUAGAAAUGAGCUAA